CGCACAACUGAUGAUCUUGAACACGCCCACGUCCUGAAUCAGCCUCGGCGUCAGAAGUCACUUCGAGUCGGACAAGUAAACUCCGAAUCUAGCCAGGCACCUUCACUGUAAUCAGAAACCUGAAGCCGCUUUGGCUUCAUCUUCUCAUCAGGACUCGGAGGAGGAACCUGUCAGCAUUGUCUAGGAAACUAGCAGAGAGAAGCCUGUCCUUUUCAGAUUAUGGAUGGAUAUGGGUUCUCCAGCGAUAUGUUCAGUGGGCGGGCCGUUCUUGGGGAAGACAGCUCAGUCAUGGCCCGCAUGCAGAAGAAGUUCUGGAAGACCAAGCAGGUCCUGAUCAAAGCCACGGGGAAGAAGGAGGAUGAGUAUGUGGUGGCUUCAGACGCCGAUCUAGAUGCCAAACUAGAGUUCUUCCGCUCGGUGCAGUGCACAUGCACGGAGCUGCUGAAGGUGAUUGAGAAAUACCAACAACGAAUCACACAUCUGUCCCAGGAGGAGAAUGAGUUGGGCCUGUUCCUGCGCUUCCAGGCGGAGCACGACAAAACCAAAGCGGGCAAUAUGAUGGACGCCACCAGCAAGGCCCUCUGUGCCUCGGCCAAGAAGAGGAUGGCCCUGUGUCCCCCUCUCCACCGGAUGGAGCAGGAAGUGGAGACGUUCCGGCGGCGUGCCAUCGCCGACACGCUGCUGACGGUGACCCGCAUGGAGAAGUCCCGCACGGAAUACCGCGGAGCGCUGCUCUGGAUGAAGGACGCCUCGCAAGAGCUGGACCCCGACACCUACAAGCAGCUGGAGAAGUUCCGCAAGGUGCAGGCACAGGUCAGAACGACGAAGGUGCAGUUUGACAAGCUGAAGAACGACGUGUGUCAGAAGGUGGACAUGCUGGGAGCCAGCCGCUGCAACAUGCUCUCCCACUCCCUCUGCACCUACCAGACUACACUCCUGCAAUACUGGGAGAAGACCGCCCACAUGAUGUCUGCCAUCCACGAGGCCUUUAAGGGAUACGUUCCCUACCAGUUCACCACAAUAAAGGAGCUGCGGGACCCUAUGGAUCAGUUAGCAGAGGCUCAAGCAGAGGAGGACUCCAGGAAGGCAGCUCUGCAGACACAAACAGACAAUCUGGUGUCUCUGGAGGAAGAGAAUCCUGGAGAGAUGGCACCUGACAAUGUCUCCACCCUUGCGUUGGACGGACAGAGUCGGGACAGCGAUGGCUCCUUAUGUGCCAGUCUGGACUCUGCCCUGUUUGAGCUCUCUGGCCCCUUCAGCCCCACCAACACAGACGAUGACUUUUUGCUCAUGACCCCUGAUCUCACCCUCACUCCGACCCCAGACGCCGCGCUCACCCCCACCCUGCCUGCACAACGCCCACCGCAGCCCGCUGAUGCUUCAUGGGGCUUUAGCCUUCCUCCAGGAGGAGAGCUGCAGGCCUCCCCCAGCUCCGAGCUCCCUCACUGGGCCAUGAGAGACCUGCUGUUUGACCUGCCCCAGCAGCCGUCCUCUGGACUCUCCAUCGGCCGGGCAGGCACAGCAGGCGCUCCCGGUCAGGCGGAGGAGCAAGACGACGAGGCUGACCGUGGAGACCUGUCCUUCCUCCGCGACCUGCUCAGCCCCGGCGCCUCCUCCAGCGACGAGUUCAGCCGGGCGUGGCAGGACGCCUUCGGCUCCUUCGACUCGCCGUCGGUGCCUCCCACCUCCCUCCCCACGGGUCUCUCGUCCGCUCAGCAGCCCCAGGGAGCUGCGGCCCCCUCCUCGCCCUCCCAGCCCCCCAGCCCCACCGGCUUCCUCCCCUCCCAGCUCCUGGACCACAGCCUCAGCGCCACAGGCUGGGCCACCCCCCCCAUGUUCCAGGCCGCUCCCCUGCAGCCUCCGUCUACUGCAGGCCUGGCCACCACGGCACCCCAGAGCAGCCCCCGAGCCUCCGCCAGCGCUACAAAAGGUGGUGCACGGGACAUGUCGGCCUGGUUCAACCUCUUUGCUGAUCUGGACCCACUGUCAAACCCUGACGCCAUUGGACGCUCUGAUGAAGAAUUCCUCAAUGCUUGAGAUGUCAGAGGAAUUCCUGUGGUGCAGUUGGAGCUGCUGCUGUCUGAGCUGCUGCCGUCUGGAGAUGCACCGCUGCUCUUCGCCCACGGCCCGCCGGACUAAAAACAUUCUAAACGCUCUGGACGCGCUGUUGGUGGACCACAAACAACAACAACAACAACAACAACAACAAAACUCAUCAAGAAUGUCAAGAGUCUGGAGGUCUCCAAACCACCCUGGCGCUAAAUCUCUUAGUUUCUGUCUCUGUUUUUCUCUCCCUGACAUACACAUACAAAACACACAACACAUACAAAAACACAGCCUCUGUCCUUUCUAUCUGUUGCCACAUAUCUGUGUGUGUUUGUGUGUGUGUGUGUGUGUGCGCUCUGAUGUAUGUUCCAAAAAGAAUGCAGGUUGAAGAUCCUGACACUAAUGGAAAUAGACUAUUUAUCACUAAUGAAAUGAAAAUAUAUUUAUUCCUUGUUACAUACAGAUAGCUAGAUGUAGAAAAAAAAUCCCAUACAAUCUAUGUUUUGUAUGAGCAGCACAUUUUUGAAGAGGCAUGUAAGGUAUCGGGUGCUAAAGCUCUCACUGGAGACUGAUUGAGAAUCCCUACAAGGGGCUGGUUUGCGUGUAUUUAUAUAGCGCUGUGGUCUGAGAUAUUGCGUUUUCACUCUGCCCUGAAACAGGGCAAGGAGAAGGAUGUAUUUUUAGAGAUAUGCAGUGCGCCGAUGUGAGUGAGUGAGUCAGUGAAAACAUAUUUAUUUCUGUCCUCAGAAACAUAUUCUUCUUAUACUCGCCCCUCAAUACUAAGAGAGACCGUAAUCAUCAUCACCUGCCGUUUAAUCGCUAGUCAUUACUGCUAGUUGGAGAGGGAAUUAGAACGCAUUUGUUGUAGAGUAUCUUCUGAUGAGUAUAAUCCAAAAGCAAAACUGAAACUCUGUCCUGUGCCAUCACAGUAGUGAUCCUCGCAGUCUGUUAGAGCUCUGGCUGUGUGGAAGCUUUAUUUAGAAACUCCUCUCCAAACCCAGUCACGUCCCAUUGCUUUAUCACGUGGAAACGACACUAGUCUUACAGAGGGAGCUGUAUUGAACCAAGGGAAUGGAUUAUGCAAUACCUUUAGUGGUGUUAGGUUAUUAUAUUAUGUUAACAAACAUUAUUGGUCAUCACCUGUGAGAGUAAGAGUAUAAGAGGGGAGUUCAUUUGAGCCAGACUUUUACUCUAAAUGCGUCUGUGGGAGUUGAUGGACUGGCAGUUACCUAAGAGAAGCAUUCACCUGAAGGAGCUGUUGAAUGAAGGCUUGCACAGGUCACUGGAUGAAGUGUUUUUUUUCCCGCCUCAUGUGAGUCCGGACUGGAACAGUUAUCUACGUUUGCUGAGCACUGAUGAAUGCUCACUUUUAUUGCAGUUACAGGUCCUUUUGUACAUACAAGUUUCCGUAGAAAUGUUCCGUGACCCAGUAGGCACUAUUGGAAAUGAUUCCACAUACUACUGAAUGGUGUUUUCUACUGUGCAGAACAGAAUGUCUCUGGCUAAGGGACACUGGAGGCUGGUGUUGUAUGCAGGGGCUGGGCGGGAAGCUCUUUUGGUCAAAACUGCUCUUCAGUCAUGUUUUUGGGACAUCACUGUCUCUGCAUUCCGGACUUGAUAUCAUCUCUUGUUUUUCUGAGCUAUUGUUCCGUUGUGUAUGGGACGCUGUUCAUACAGAACACAUUUUCUAGCACCAGGCUUGAUUGUUUGGGUAAUGGUAACUUUGCUUUUGUUUUGUUUUGUUUUGUUGUUUUUUUUCCCGUAAUUCCAGACACUUAAAGAAUGUAUUCUGCACCAAUCAUAACGCUUGAUUCUUUGAUUUUAAUAUUACUAUGCCUUUUCUGUACAACAAAAAAAUGAUGCAAUGUCAAAAUGUGGUUGGAUGAGAACUGGACAAUGUGAGUCAGAGUGUUUGAUAUCUAAUAAACUAUGUAAUGUUUGAGUAAGCGUGUAUCUGUGUGUGUGUGAGCGAGAAUACAGUUGUCUAUUUGGUUGAAAGCCACCCAUUUCUGUGUAGUGUUCAGUCAUUCCAUUUUCUUUUUUUUUAACAAAGACAACAGCAGGAGUCUCAUGUCAUAUCAUUUGGCUUUAAUAUUUGUUAUAACAGCCAUUUGUCCUUUUUUUUGUUAAACAUUUCUCUGAUAUUUCAUACAUUUUAAGGCAAUGUACAGUACAAAUUUAUCUUCUAUGUUUUGCCUAUUUUCCACUUUAGUGUCCACACAAACUUUGUCUCAAGGAAGAGUAAUGAGGCUCACAGUAUGACGCAGUGGCGUAAUAUACAGAAUAAAAGAUGCUACAACAGCCA